UGCCACGCCGGGCGUCUGGUGGAACUUUUCUGGUGGCUGCCGGGUUGGGUCAAAGACUCACUAGAAACCCACAAGAAAAACCUUGCAAACACAUCCAAACUACGUAACAUGUGUCGCUUGGCCCCUAAAAAGAAUAUCCGCAACACUCAGCACAUAGAGCCCGAAGGGACCUGGGGACACUCCGCGCCGCUAAGUGCACACGGCGCAGUGGCGGACUUACCCCACUUCUUUAUUGGUACUGUACGCUCCGCGACGGAUUGUUGAACUCCGACAUGGCGUUUCGCCCCCUCUUCCUGGCGGUCCUCAUCGCAUCCACGCGCAGUGCGAAUGCCCUCGAGGCCGAGACCUCAGCGGAGGCCAGCCAGUCCAUGGCGACCGCGGGGAGGACACACGGCGGCAAGGCCGACCUCAAGGUCGAUCCAUACUUCUGCGACAUAUCGAAUAUUUUGUGGAAGCCGAAUGCACCCGAAAUCCACAUUGUGAUUGGGUCAAUGGUGGCUGCUUCCCGAAGCCUUAAGCUCACGCCAGAGAAGAGAUGUCACAAGUGUAGGGCCUCCGCUGGUGAAGGGCAUGCACGCCGUAGGCUGGUGUAGAGCUGCUGCCUCUCUUCCGCCUCCUCCUCCUCCUCCUCCUUGGCCUCCUCCUUCAUUGUUCCGUGCGGGCUGCGUUUUAUUGAAUCGACGUUGCUCUCACAUGCUGUGCUUGUAGCAGUCGAUGACACUGUACCUGAUUGGGAAGUAAUAAGGCAGAGCGAUUUGCUUCUCACCUGCUCGACCCGCGGAAUUUACAUGAUAGCUGCUGCCAACUGUCUACACAUGUACUGGUGGGACUGCUCCUGGCUUCACCCAUCCUCCUGAUUCAGCUCCUCGCAAGAAGAUGCCCCACGUAGGAGACUG